GCCAUCGCAAUCCAUGUUCACAAACCUGACCUUUGCAUACAAAAGAGAUUCGUACAACCACUUUCCCUGCCCUGGCCAUCAGUUUAAGAUUUCCUUCAAAAAAACUAUUUUUCAUACUUCUUCCAUUUUUUAAUUUUUAAAAACUUUUGUAAUUUUUGUAAUUUUUUGAACUUUUGUAAUUUUAUUUCUAUUGCUUUUGAACUUAAUAACUUCUCAACAUUCAUCUCUUGAUUCUUACGUAACUACCAUCCUAUUGACCAUCCGUUAAAAUUCUGUUCCUUCUUUGUUUCUUACAUUACGCAACUUAGCAACUUCUUGAUCACUUUGAAUAUUAAUAAUCCUCUUUCUUCCAAUUAAUUAAUGUUAAUUUAAAUGUCAUUAUGUCAUUAUUACGUAACGUAUCCACUCGAUGAGUAUUAUAUUAUUAUUGUAAAACGUAUAUAUAUUAGUGUAGAGCCAUGAUGAAAAACUAAUUGAAAAGAAAUUUCUUCGCUCAAUUCGUUCCUUCUUUAUUUACCAAAUGGCAAAAUGGGAAUUUUCACUAUAUUGAAACGUUCUGAGCAAACAUUUGCGUUAAAGGUUCUCAAUGAGUAUCUGAAGUAUAGCGCAAGGCUCAGUGAGGCGAUGACAAAUGUUGAUUUUAUAAAGGAGUGCAUAGAAACCAACUUGUAUCCAAAGUUGUAUUGGAAAUCUUUACGUCGCUCUCGAGUUCGACCAAAUGAAAGGACUCUCAAACGCUACGCCGUUAACCAAAUCGAUUCUCUAAACUCAUACAUUGCUGAGAUGGUAAAAAAUAUCAACGAGAGAAUUUAUGCUGUAGAUGAUCUCCCUGAUAAAUUAAGAGAUCAGUAUCUGGACUAUGUGGAGAUGGUUGUUAACUCAAGAAAAGAAAAGAAAAGAAUGAAACUUAAGAAAAAUCUAGACAAACAGAUCCCAGAAAUGAAAUUUCCAUCCAAUCCAGGUCAGUACGUGCACAAUUUCUCUAGUGUUAUACUGGAUAAAACUGCGUUAGAAGCGUUAUCAUUAGGCCCUAAGUUUUGUGACUUCAAGAAAACAGUAAAUAAAAUGGACGUUGAGAUUCAAUUCGAAAAUCUUCAUGCUCAAACGGCAGAACUAGUAGCUUCAUCAAAAGAUAAUGUUGAAAGAUUUAAAUCAACACUAGUCGACUGUUGUUUUAAAUAUUUAAAUCAUAGACACAACACGAAAGGGAUUUUGACGAAAAAACAUACAGAAGCUUUAAGACAACUUAAAACUAAUGACAAUUUAUUAAUCAUGAAACCUGACAAAGGACAUGGAAUAGUACUCAUGGACAAAAAUGACUACAUAAACAAAAUGAAAGCCCUUUUAAAUGAUAAAAGCAAAUUUCAGAAACUGUCUGUAAAGAACGACAUAGCAGAUAAGAUUGAAAAGCAAUUAACAGAUUCACUGAAAGAAAUUAAACAACAAGGUUUUAUUUCAGAAAAGAUGUUCGAAAUGUUGAAACCUACAGGAACGAUGACACCAAGACUAUAUGGCCUACCAAAAAUACACAAAAGUGGCUUACCCCUUCGACCAGUUUUAGACAUGAAUAACUCAGCGUAUCAUACUAUAGCAAAAUGGUUGGUGCAAAUUCUUAAACCAUUACACAAAGAAAUUGUCAAGCAUAGUGUCAAGGAUUCCUUUGAAUUUGUUGAGAACAUAAAAAAUCUAUCAGUCAAGAAUAAUUUCAUGUUAUCACUUGAUGUAUCAUCUUUAUUCACUAACAUUCCAUUACAAGAAACAGUUGAUUUUAUUUGUAAUGAACUAACAGAGAGACGUAUAGAAACCCCGAUUCCAGCAUCCUCGAUAAAACAGUUAAUUCUCAGAUGCACAAUGAAUGCACAAUUCAGAUUUGACAACGAAUACUAUAGACAGCUAGAUGGAGUUGCCAUGGGAUCACCAUUGGGCCCUCUACUGGCUGAUAUUUUCCUUGCAAAACUGGAAAACGGACCACUUAAAAGCAUAAUUAGCCAUUUACCAACUUAUUAUCGCUAUAUAGAUGAUACCUUCAUAGUAUUAGAAAAAGAAAAUGAUAAGCACAAUCUACUUAAUAUAUUUAAUAACGUUCACCCAUCAAUUAACUUUACAUCAGAAGAUGAACAAAAUAAUAGCAUAUCUUUUCUAGAUGUCCAACUAACUAGAAGAACAGAUGGAACUAUAAAAAGAAGAGUACACAGAAAGUCAGCAGCUGGUCAAUACACUCAUUUCCACAGUGCAGUUCCAAUUAGAUACAAAAGGAACUUAAUAAAGAUCUUGACACAUCGUGCUAGAAUGAUCUGUUCUGAAGACACUAUUGAAGAUGAACUGAACAAUAUUCGGAACCUACUCAGUCUAAAUGGGUACCCAAUGAAAUUCAUCGAAAAACAUAUGACGGAGAAGAAAACAAGGACAAAAAUACCCACUGUCCCCAAGAAGAUAUUAUUCAUAAAACUACAAUUCAUAAAUGACUCCAUUGAAGAAGUCAUGACUCAGAAACUAAGAAGAGCGGUACAAAAAACAUUUAAUGCUGCCAAAUUAAAUGUCAUCUUCUACAACCAACCGAAAAUAAGAACAUCCAUUAAAGACAGACUGCCAGAAUUCGCCAAAUCUAUGUGUAUCUAUCGUUUCAACUGCUCCUGUGGAGCCAGUUAUAUUGGGCGUACGAUUCGGCAAGUCCGUCACCGCAUUACUGAACAUCAUCCGUCGUGGUUAAACAAAGGACAGGUAAAAGUGAUUAAAAGUUCUAUUCUCUCUCACUUGGUUGACACAGGUCAUCAAGUCGAAUUGAAUAAAGCUUUUAAGGUUAUCUACAAUAUCCCAUCUAAUUUGCCACAUGGUUUACGAGUGCGCCUCUUGCACAUUGCGGAAGCCAUCGCAAUCCAUGUUCACAAACCUGACCUUUGCAUACAAAAGAGAUUCGUACAACCACUUUCCCUGCCCUGGCCAUCAGUUUAAGAUUUCCUUCAAAAAAACUAUUUUUCAUACUUCUUCCAUUUUUUAAUUUUUAAAAACUUUUGUAAUUUUUUAAUUUUUUGAACUUUUGUAAUUUUAUUUCUAUUGCUUUUGAACUUAAUAACUUCUCAACAUUCAUCUCUUGAUUCUUACGUAACUACCAUCCUAUUGACCAUCCGUUAAAAUUCUGUUCCUUCUUUGUUUCUUACAUUACGCAACUUAGCAACUUCUUGAUCACUUUGAAUAUUAAUAAUCCUCUUUCUUCCAAUUAAUUAAUGUUAAUUUAAAUGUCAUUAUGUCAUUAUUACGUAACGUAUCCACUCGAUGAGUAUUAUAUUAUUAUUGUAAAACGUAUAUAUAUUAGUGUAGAGCCAUGAUGAAAAACUAAUUGAAAAGAAAUUUCUUCGCUCAAUUCGUUCCUUCUUUAUUUACCAAAUGGCAAAAUGGGAAUUUUCACUAUAUUGAAACGUUCUGAGCAAACAUUUGCGUUAAAGGUUCUCAAUGAGUAUCUGAAGUAUAGCGCAAGGCUCAGUGAGGCGAUGACAAAUGUUGAUUUUAUAAAGGAGUGCAUAGAAACCAACUUGUAUCCAAAGUUGUAUUGGAAAUCUUUACGUCGCUCUCGAGUUCGACCAAAUGAAAGGACUCUCAAACGCUACGCCGUUAACCAAAUCGAUUCUCUAAACUCAUACAUUGCUGAGAUGGUAAAAAAUAUCAACGAGAGAAUUUAUGCUGUAGAUGAUCUCCCUGAUAAAUUAAGAGAUCAGUAUCUGGACUAUGUGGAGAUGGUUGUUAACUCAAGAAAAGAAAAGAAAAGAAUGAAACUUAAGAAAAAUCUAGACAAACAGAUCCCAGAAAUGAAAUUUCCAUCCAAUCCAGGUCAGUACGUGCACAAUUUCUCUAGUGUUAUACUGGAUAAAACUGCGUUAGAAGCGUUAUCAUUAGGCCCUAAGUUUUGUGACUUCAAGAAAACAGUAAAUAAAAUGGACGUUGAGAUUCAAUUCGAAAAUCUUCAUGCUCAAACGGCAGAACUAGUAGCUUCAUCAAAAGAUAAUGUUGAAAGAUUUAAAUCAACACUAGUCGACUGUUGUUUUAAAUAUUUAAAUCAUAGACACAACACGAAAGGGAUUUUGACGAAAAAACAUACAGAAGCUUUAAGACAACUUAAAACUAAUGACAAUUUAUUAAUCAUGAAACCUGACAAAGGACAUGGAAUAGUACUCAUGGACAAAAAUGACUACAUAAACAAAAUGAAAGCCCUUUUAAAUGAUAAAAGCAAAUUUCAGAAACUGUCUGUAAAGAACGACAUAGCAGAUAAGAUUGAAAAGCAAUUAACAGAUUCACUGAAAGAAAUUAAACAACAAGGUUUUAUUUCAGAAAAGAUGUUCGAAAUGUUGAAACCUACAGGAACGAUGACACCAAGACUAUAUGGCCUACCAAAAAUACACAAAAGUGGCUUACCCCUUCGACCAGUUUUAGACAUGAAUAACUCAGCGUAUCAUACUAUAGCAAAAUGGUUGGUGCAAAUUCUUAAACCAUUACACAAAGAAAUUGUCAAGCAUAGUGUCAAGGAUUCCUUUGAAUUUGUUGAGAACAUAAAAAAUCUAUCAGUCAAGAAUAAUUUCAUGUUAUCACUUGAUGUAUCAUCUUUAUUCACUAACAUUCCAUUACAAGAAACAGUUGAUUUUAUUUGUAAUGAACUAACAGAGAGACGUAUAGAAACCCCGAUUCCAGCAUCCUCGAUAAAACAGUUAAUUCUCAGAUGCACAAUGAAUGCACAAUUCAGAUUUGACAACGAAUACUAUAGACAGCUAGAUGGAGUUGCCAUGGGAUCACCAUUGGGCCCUCUACUGGCUGAUAUUUUCCUUGCAAAACUGGAAAACGGACCACUUAAAAGCAUAAUUAGCCAUUUACCAACUUAUUAUCGCUAUAUAGAUGAUACCUUCAUAGUAUUAGAAAAAGAAAAUGAUAAGCACAAUCUACUUAAUAUAUUUAAUAACGUUCACCCAUCAAUUAACUUUACAUCAGAAGAUGAACAAAAUAAUAGCAUAUCUUUUCUAGAUGUCCAACUAACUAGAAGAACAGAUGGAACUAUAAAAAGAAGAGUACACAGAAAGUCAGCAGCUGGUCAAUACACUCAUUUCCACAGUGCAGUUCCAAUUAGAUACAAAAGGAACUUAAUAAAGAUCUUGACACAUCGUGCUAGAAUGAUCUGUUCUGAAGACACUAUUGAAGAUGAACUGAACAAUAUUCGGAACCUACUCAGUCUAAAUGGGUACCCAAUGAAAUUCAUCGAAAAACAUAUGACGGAGAAGAAAACAAGGACAAAAAUACCCACUGUCCCCAAGAAGAUAUUAUUCAUAAAACUACAAUUCAUAAAUGACUCCAUUGAAGAAGUCAUGACUCAGAAACUAAGAAGAGCGGUACAAAAAACAUUUAAUGCUGCCAAAUUAAAUGUCAUCUUCUACAACCAACCGAAAAUAAGAACAUCCAUUAAAGACAGACUGCCAGAAUUCGCCAAAUCUAUGUGUAUCUAUCGUUUCAACUGCUCCUGUGGAGCCAGUUAUAUUGGGCGUACGAUUCGGCAAGUCCGUCACCGCAUUACUGAACAUCAUCCGUCGUGGUUAAACAAAGGACAGGUAAAAGUGAUUAAAAGUUCUAUUCUCUCUCACUUGGUUGACACAGGUCAUCAAGUCGAAUUGAAUAAAGCUUUUAAGGUUAUCUACAAUAUCCCAUCUAAUUUGCCACAUGGUUUACGAGUGCGCCUCUUGCACAUUGCGGAAGCCAUCGCAAUCCAUGUUCACAAACCUGACCUUUGCAUACAAAAGAGAUUCGUACAACC